AUCCGCCUUAUUUAUAUUCUCUUUCGAAUCUUAAUAUUUCAUGCACAUUAUCGUCAAGUGACCAUAUUCUCAUAUCAGCAUGGAUCCUGUUAAUGCAUGGGGCAACACACCCCUUAUCACCAUCGAUCCCGAAAUGCAUGACCUUAUCGAAAAAGAAAAACGUCGACAAUGUCGUGGCAUCGAGCUCAUUGCCUCUGAAAAUUUCACCUCAUUUGCUGUCAUUGAAGCUCUAGGCAGUGCUUUGACGAAUAAAUACUCUGAGGGCAUGCCAGGAAAUAGGUACUACGGUGGAAAUGAAUUUAUUGAUCAAAUCGAAAAUCUUUGUCGUUCACGUGCACUGCAAGCCUAUCGCCUUGAUUCUGCGAAAUGGGGAGUUAAUGUGCAGCCUUAUUCAGGGAGUCCAGCUAAUUUUGCUGCCUAUACUGCAUUGUUGAACCCGCAUGAUCGGAUCAUGGGACUUGACUUGCCAUCAGGUGGACAUUUGACACAUGGGUAUUAUACUUCUAAUGGGAAAAAGAUAUCGGCUACUUCGAUUUAUUUUGAGAGUUUGCCUUAUAAGGUUGAUCCGAAAACAGGAUAUAUUGAUUAUGAUAAGCUGGAGGAGAAGGCUUUGGAUUUUAGGCCUAAGAUGUUGAUUUGUGGUGGAAGUUCAUAUCCGAGAGAUUGGGAUUAUAAGAGGUUUAGGGAGGUUGCUGAUAAAUGUGGUGCACUUUUGCUUUGUGAUAUGGCUCACAUCAGUGGCCUUGUUGCUGCUCAGGAAGCUGCAGAUCCUUUCGAGUAUUGUGACAUAGUCACAACCACGACUCACAAGAGUUUGAGGGGUCCUAGGUCUGGUAUGAUCUUCUACAGGAAGGGACCUAAACCCGCAAAGAAAGGGCAGCCUGAAGGUGCAGUUUAUGAUUUUGAAGACAGGAUCAACUUUGCUGUUUUCCCCUCCCUUCAGGGCGGUCCUCACAAUCACCAGAUUGGUGCCUUAGCCGUAGGCCUAAAACAGGCUGCAUCCCCUGCUUUCAAGGCGUAUGCUAAACAGGUUAGGGCUAAUGCUGUUGCUGUUGGAAAAUACCUGAUGAGCAAAGACUACACUAUCGUCACUGGUGGUACUGAAAAUCACCUUGUUCUUUGGGAUCUUCGCCCUCUUGGUUUGACUGGCAAUAAGGUGGAGAAGCUUUGUGAUUUGUGCAGCAUCACUCUAAACAAGAAUGCUGUUUUUGGCGACAAUAGUGCGUUAUCCCCUGGAGGGGUUCGAGUUGGUACUCCUGCUAUGACUUCAAGGGGUCUGCUUGAAAAGGAUUUUGAGCAGAUUGCAGAGUUCCUCCACCGGGCUGUCACCGUUACUUUGAAAAUCCAGAAGGAGCAUGGGAAACUGUUGAAGGACUUCAACAAAGGUCUCGAUAACAACAAGGAGAUUGAGCAACUCAAAACUGAUGUUGAGAAGUUUGCAUCCUCUUUUGACAUGCCUGGAUUCUCGGUUGCAGACAUGAAGUACAAAGAUUAGGAUCAUCAUGUCUACGUUCAUUUAGUUUUCAAAUCCAAAAAUGUUAAUAAGGUCUAUGGUUUAACCUACAGGGUGUUGGCUUGGUACUGUGGUAGAUGCAAUAUUGAUAGUAUAGCAUUUUAGGUCAUUAACGUUGCACGAGCUUGGCUCUUCUAGUGGUGAUAUUGAAGAAGUAUUUUAUGUACAUAAACUUUUGAAAUCGCAUCAUAUCUAAAAUUGUUGCUCUCAUUUUGAGGUCGCAGAAUUGCUGA